AUGAGCGGCAAAGCAGGCGCAUACGGGAGCAAAGGUGGAGGAGAUACAGAUUUCAGAAAGACAUGGGACCGGGAAGAAAUGGCCAAGAAGGCCAAGGACAGAGAGGCCAAAGAUCGUGAAGAAGCAAAGGAGAGAUAUGAAGCCAAGCUGGAGGGUAAAACAUAUGGACGGAGAGCGUCGACGCCCGAGGACUUGAAGCAGACGGAAGCACGGUCGGAGAGGAUUGAUUGGAGCAAAAUGAUUGGCAAACAGACGCUCACGUCAGCGGCUGCAGCUGUAGGCAAGAGAGGACGUGGUGCGGGUGCAUACUGUCAAGCGUGUGAUCUUACGUUCAAGGACAAUAUUCAAUAUGUAGAGCAUUUGAACAGCAAGCAACAUUUGGUUGCAACAGGUCAAUCUGGCGAAGUAAGACGUGCCACCGUCGAGGAAGUGCGCGACCGCCUACGAUACCUCAAGCGGAAAAGAGACGAAGACAAAUUCCUAGAGGUUACAGAUCUCGACACACGUUUGGCCAUGAACAAGGACAAGAUGGAACAAGAGGCAGAAGAGAAGCGCCGUCUGCGCAAUGAGAAGCGGAGAGCGAAGAAGAAGACGGAUGCGAAUGCCAUGGAAUGGAAGGUCGAAGGCGACGGCGUCAUAAGCUGA